UGCAAAAAGAUGAUUCAAGAAAUGAACAAAAGCGACUGAGAAAAAUUUUAACAAAGCACAACAGAGUUUAUUUUUUUUCAAGAUUUUUUAACCCUUUUUUUAACCAUCUCCCAAGGUCGGAAAAUAUAUUGAAGGUUUGAUAUGUGCAUAAUGAUGGUAUUUAGAAUUACUAAAUUCCCUCUAUUGACAGUAACCGUCGACAUUUAAUAAAAUAGAAGCACCUUAAAAUUACUUUCAAACAGUCGACCCCUUGAAAGUCAUUAUAUAGCCCUACUUCGCACACUGGUCACUAGGCUUGCCGUACUGACAGCUCCACCUGUCAAUCUUCGCUCGCUCUCGAAGGCAGCUUCCCCGCCACAGUAUGAAGUUCCAGGAGCGCUCGUGCUGACCACUAUUGAGAGCUGUCAAUCAUUCAUUCGCUCCUAACCGUCUGGCAGUGUGACGUCGCCGUACUGACCGCGGCUCUACCCGUCAAUCAUUCCUUCAGGGCGAGCGUAAGAAAAAAAUAUCAGCGCUGAUGUGCGCGUGAAGCGACUGCUGUCCAUAAUGCUGUAUAUCUAGACCAUCAGGUGAUGAUAACAACACUCUACGUGCUUGAACGUUUUAAUAACACAGAGGGAAAUCAACAAGAAGCAUGGAUAAACGCGUCAAGAACGCGAAAAAAGAUGCGGGGAAGUCUACUAAACGCACAGGGAAACUGUUCCGGAGAAAAUCGUUUAAAUCUGUGGAAAGUUUGGUGAGUAAGAUCUUAAAAAGUUUGGGAAGCUUGGCUAGCGGUGGGGAAACAACCGAACGGUCCGAUGCAGAGGAUGAUGAUGGUGGGUUUGGAGAAAGCGCACCUUGCGCUGGAAACUCGGGACAUGUGAAAAUAGAGGACAGCGGCAGCCAAGUGAGGAAAAGUUCCUCUCUUCCCUGCCGUUCCUCCGCGAAAGAACGACUGUUUUCACUGUACGGGGACAAAACGCCAGGCGCGUUGGGUCUGAAGAACCACGGGAACACCUGCUUCAUGAACGCCGUCGUGCAGUGCUUGAGCAAUACGGACAUGCUCUCAGAAUAUCUGGGUUUGGAGCGAUAUAAACUGGAUAUGUGUCACAGGGGAAUGAACGGAUUUAUCAUGGAUGAGAACGGUCAGCACGGGAUAGGAGAAGUUACGGAACGGCUUGCGUCUUUGGUCCGAGCGCUUUGGACUUUUCAAUACACACCUCAACUCUCGGCUGAGUUUAAGAUGACCGUAUCUAAAUAUGGUGCUCAAUUCCGGGGGAAUUCACAGCAUGACGCUUUGGAAUUCCUGCUCUGGCUUCUGGACCGCCUCCAUGAGGACGUCAACUCGUCUUCAACCCUACCCAAUGGAAAUAACAGAAGCAAAUCAACUGGCAAGAUCAAGUUAGUAGGAUUUACCAAUGGCUCUUCUAAAACCCCAUAUGGCCAACCAGCUGUUACCUUCACCAUUAUCAUGACUUGGCAAGGUACAAAAACCAGGUGCCAGAAUAUAUUGACUGCACUGGUUCUUAAAAGCUGGGACAGACUUUCCAUUUCCAAGGGUCCAGAAGGAGAUGAUGAAAAGCCCACCUCUGAUACCCUGAUCACACCACAGGCGCAGCCUGAUGUACGUCACAGCUUUGUACAGGAGCACUUCCAAGCACAAUACAAGUCAUCUCUGACAUGCCCACAUUGUCUAAAGCAGAGCAACACGUUUGAUCCUUUUCUGUGCAUUUCUCUUCCCAUUCCUCUAAGACAGACGAGACCAGUGUGUGUGACUUUGGUGUUCAGCAAUAAAGGGCAGCGGUAUCUGAGAGUGGGGCUCGCUGUGCCUCUCUUCGGCUCUUUGGCAUGCCUGCGCAGGAUGGUGGCGGAUGAGGGCAAGAUCUCUCCUGAUCAGGUAAUAUUGACAGAGAUCUACACAACAGGAUUCAAGCGCUCGUUCUUUGAUGACGAUGACUUGACCAGCAUCGCAGAGAGUGACGUCAUCUAUGCCUUCCAAGCCCCGCCCCUUUACAUCAGGGGUGGAUCUGCACGAAUCUCAGGGUUCCACCACAGUCUUCCGUCCUCUCUGUACACCUCGUCUGGGCCGGCGGGUCACCGACUGGCUGCGUCCGGAGCGCUGUCCUCUGAGUUCCUGAACCAGGCCGAUGGGAUGGUGAAGAUCUUGCUGUUGGUGUGUAAUGCAGCCGGAGCAGGACAGCAGGCAGUGAGAUUUGGCCCUCCGUUUCUGAUGAGAGAGGACAGAUCAGUGUCGUGGGACCAGCUACAGCAGAGCAUCCUCAGUAAACUCUACUAUCUAAUGAUCAACGGAUCACACGCACAUAAUUUUAGGGUGUUGUUCAAGAUUCGUGUUGUUGGAGGAUCAGCAUCUUAUAGCUACUUGAAUCCUCAAGACGGACGGCCUCUUAAUCACCCUGCAGUGGACAGAGCUCUGAAGCUGUGCGGCUCAGGUGGACCUCCACAUGUGAAGCUCAUUGUUGAGUGGGAGCACAGAAUGAAAGACUGUCUGUUUGGUAAUAUCCAGGAGGAGGUGGUGAAGGACUCAGAAAGCGUCCGUGCUCAACAACAACACCACGUUCAGCAGCACAGCUGUACCCUGGAUGAGUGCUUUGAGCUGUACACCAAAGAAGAACAACUGGCCCCUGACGAUGCAUGGAAGUGCCCUCACUGUAAACAGCUGCAGCAGGGCACAGUGCAGAUGAGCUUGUGGACCCUCCCAGACCUCCUCAUCCUUCACCUCAAACGCUUCCGACAGGUGGGAGAGCGGCGUAACAAGCUCUCUACGCUGGUCCACUUCCCCCUCAUGGGCCUUGCUAUGGGCCGCCAUGUGGUCAAGAGGAGCAAUUCUGUCCGUCCACCACAUGGCUGGAAACAACAGGCCCAUCACAAGCCUGAAACCAGCCGACACUCACUCGACUUCCUAUACGACCUGUACGCUGUGUGUAACCAUCAUGGAGGCAUGCAUGGAGGCCACUACACAGCAUACUGCAGGAACUCAGUGGACGCUCAGUGGUACGCCUAUGAUGACAGCACUGUUGAGCCGGUGCCUGAGGGAGAAGUGUGCACUCGUGGUGCUUAUAUCCUGUUCUAUCAGAGACGUGAUGUCAUUCCAUCCUGGUCAGCGAACUGCUCACUACAAGGUUCCUCCAGCGUCUCUAUAUCAGAUCACUGGCUCAUCCGAUUGAAUGCAGACAACCGAAUUUCCAAUUCAACUAGUAAGCUGUCCAAUUCAUCUUCAGCUCCUGAGCCCCAAACACCGCACGUUCCUGUCAUCCAUGAGCCUCUAAAUGAAGAUGAUGGUGUAGUUGAGCCGACGCCAUUUGUACGGAGCUUCCGGGGUCACAGCAUGAGUAUGCGCUACCACUCAAAAUCCAAGCCAGGCUCAAGCAAAGUUCUUCCACUACGCUGGUCAUUUGCUUCUAAGGAACGCAGAAAGCCCUCCGGCGUAGCUCCACAAUUGGCAAACGACGAGCUGGUGGAGUACCUUGAGUCUGGCCGGCGGCCUCGAUGUACCAAGGAGCCCAUAGUCAGCAUCGUGGCUAGUCCUUCACAGGUCAAAGCCCAGCUUCGCGAGGACGAUUCCCUGAGUUCCCCCAGCUGUAGCAGUAGUCUCAACGGUGUGGAGCGAAGUAGCCAUCGAGGUCUGGAUUCACCCAGGCUACCCGAAGGCCAGAGCAGACCAGCAUCAGACCUUAAUGGUAUCGGUUGCGAUGGUUCAUGGGCCAAAAGCAGCUCAACAGCAACCAGGCAGGAGCACGUAAGGACUCAAGGAAGCAACUCACUUCAAGGUUCCCCUACUGCACUCCCCAAUGGCACUAGCAACAGUGCAUCUCAUUCCAGAGACUCUACGUUAAAACGGCUCCGGAACCAGGCGUCUGCAGCAGCUAGCAGGAUUCAUACCAGCCAAAUGCUGACGGCCACUGGGGAAAGCAGGAGCAAAGAUGGCGUCCUUCCCGCCACCAACAAGGAGGUGGGUAACGGAAAAACGCUUUCCAGUAAGAGCUCGAUCAAACUCUCUCUAUCCAACGGCACUCUGAAUGGGAAGGGAAUCGAGUCAAGGAAAUCCGGAACUUCUCACAAGAGUGCCAAUAAAAUGGUUAGUAGCAGAGAAAACCAGGUUCGUUCAAGCACAGCUAAUAUAAAACGCGCCCACAGCUCAUCCAGCAUUCAGAGCAGACUAGAUAUGACUUUGAAAAGGACGUCGUCCCUCCAAAGAAAUAGUAUGUUGGUGCCGACCCCCCAUAAAGGACUUGCGGUUGAUAAAUCCUCCUAUGCAACACUACAAAGAAUCAGAUACAGCAGCACUUCACUUGGCAGACAGAGACCUGUGCCCGAGUCCUGCUUCUGACUGGUUUCUCCUUAACAGUGGGAAAUGGUGUUUGUAAAUAUGUUUUAUGCAUCUGGCAACGCUUAAAAACGAAACACUAUUGCUCUUUUCCUAAACCUAGUAAGGAUUGUGUGCACCUUGUUUUUGCCAAAUUCAAGGCAGCAGGUACCCAAUGUUGAAAACAGUAGUGCUACUUAGUUACAGCUUGAUUGGAAAUUGUGAACUCUCACGUCACCUGUAUUGCAAUCAAUUGCAAGUUGGGUUUCCCAUUUGUAUGACAGUUUCAGCCAAUGUUGAGCAUCCUAAUUGUUUCUAAUACAAUAAAUGCUGCCUUAGAAGAUAGAUAUUUAGGGUGUAGGGCAGGGUUCCUCAGACUCGCUCCUCGAGGGCCGCUGUUCUGCAGAGUUUAGUGGAACCCUAGUGUAGGGUGUAAGGUACACUUGGCUAAGCUCACUAGCUUUUGAAACAGAGCUUGUGUCCCCUCUGUAUCAGUCUAUUGUUGGUAUGAGCAAUAUUGAACUUGCAUAUCUCAAAGCCUGUUCUUAAAUCUCCAUUUAUACCUUAAAAUAUGUAGCAUCACACGCUAAUUGCUGGAAUAAUUACCCAAUUAGCAGUAUGGAUACAUUAGGACCUGCUUAAAUGUCAGAAUUGAAGUCUGCUUUAUGCUUUCAGUGGAACUGUCAUGUUUAUUUAUGCAAGUGCCUUUUUGUACUGAUCUCAGGAGCGUGAUGUUCCUCGGAGCAGAAUGGCUGUGUUUUAAUUUUUUUUUUUUUUUUUUUUUUUUUUUUUACGCAUGAAUAUACAUGCACACACCUUACCACAGAUCAAAUAAAUCCACAAACAGCCUAAACAUUUAUUGAUAUUACUCCCACACAGUAUCCCGGAUGACACUAAAUGUUUCAUUGUGUACCUUGCUCUUUACUGGAUUCACUUGUUUUCUGACUAUGCAAGCACAAUCAGACAUGUGCAUGUCGUGCUCAUCGCUCUAUUCGAUGGUUUUAAGCAUCACCUGGAAAUUGAGAACUAAUUGCAAGAAGGAUCAAGGUGCUGAUUUUCAUUUUAAAAAGAAAUAUUCAUAUUGUAUGAAGGAAGAUCUGUAACUGAAGAUAAAUUGAGGCAUAAAAAA